UGAGCCGCCGCCGCGGCCGGGAUCUCCGCCAGGGGCCGUCCGGAAGCCCCCGGGGUCCUGCCCACCGGGAGCCCCCCAGCGUGGCGCCUGGCCCUCGCUGAGCCCCGGCUCCUGCCGCCCUGCCGGGACCCUGUGCUGCCCCUGCUGCUCUGGUUUCCUGCUGUCAUCGCUCCAUCGGAGGGAAGGAAAGUUUUAAAAAAUGCCGAUCGCACAGUUGCUGGAGCUAUGGAAGAAGAUAGAGGUGGAGCCCAUGGAGACGGAGACCACGGAGGAGGACCUGGAGCUGGACCCGGAGCCCGCCACGGAGGACAGCGUGGAAGAAGGCAAGGGGGAGGUGACCGUGGCCGAGGCGCCGUCAGCAGCGUCGGUACAGGAGGAGGGGCUCGUGAAGGAGAUUGACAUCAGCCACCAUGUGAAGGAGGGGUUUGAGAAGGCCGACCCGUCCCAGUUUGAGCUGUUGAAGGUGUUGGGACAGGGCUCCUACGGGAAGGUGUUCCUGGUGCGGAAGGUCAAGGGCUCCGACGCCGGGCAGCUGUACGCCAUGAAAGUCCUCAAGAAGGCCACGCUCAAGGUUCGGGACCGCGUGCGGUCGAAGAUGGAGAGAGACAUCCUGGCCGAAGUGAAUCACCCCUUCAUCGUCAAGCUCCACUACGCCUUCCAGACGGAGGGGAAGCUGUACCUGAUCCUGGACUUCCUGCGCGGCGGGGACCUCUUCACCAGGCUGUCCAAGGAGGUGAUGUUCACGGAGGAGGACGUCAAGUUCUACCUGGCCGAGCUGGCCCUGGCCUUAGACCACCUCCACGGCCUGGGCAUCAUCUACCGAGACCUGAAACCCGAGAACAUCCUCCUGGACGAAGAGGGACACAUCAAGAUCACAGACUUCGGCCUGAGCAAGGAGGCCAUCGACCACGACAAGAGAGCCUACUCGUUCUGCGGCACCAUCGAGUACAUGGCGCCCGAGGUGGUGAACCGGCGGGGACACGCGCAGAGCGCAGACUGGUGGUCGUUCGGCGUGCUCAUGUUCGAGAUGCUCACGGGGUCCCUACCGUUCCAAGGCAAGGACAGGAAGGAGACCAUGGCCCUCAUCCUCAAGGCCAAGCUGGGCAUGCCACAGUUCCUCAGCGUGGAGGCCCAGGGCUUGCUGAGGGCCCUCUUCAAACGGAACCCCUGCAACCGCCUGGGUGCUGGCGUUGACGGCGUGGAAGAGAUUAAGCGUCACCCUUUCUUUGUGACCAUAGACUGGAACAAGCUGUACCGGAAGGAGAUCAAGCCGCCGUUCAAACCCGCCGUGGGCAGGCCCGAGGACACCUUCCACUUUGACCCCGAGUUCACGGCGCGGACACCCACAGACUCUCCCGGGGUGCCCCCGAGUGCCAACGCUCAUCACCUGUUCAGAGGAUUCAGCUUCGUGGCCUCAAGCCUGGCCCAGGAGUCCUCGCAGCAGGAGCCACACCAAGUCCCGGUGCACCCGAUCGUGCAGCAGCUACACGGGAACAACGUCCACUUCACCGACGGCUACGAGAUCAAGGAGGACAUCGGGGUGGGCUCCUACUCGGUGUGCAAGCGCUGCGUGCACAAAGCGACGGACGCCGAGUACGCGGUGAAGAUCAUCGACAAGAGCAAGAGGGACCCUUCGGAGGAGAUCGAGAUCCUCCUGAGAUACGGCCAGCACCCGAACAUCAUCACCCUCAAGGACGUCUACGACGACGGCAAGUUCGUGUACCUGGUGACGGAGCUGAUGCGUGGCGGGGAGCUGCUGGACCGCAUCCUGCGGCAGAGGUGCUUCUCGGAGCGCGAGGCCAGCGGCGUGCUGUGCACCAUCACCAAGACCAUGGACUACCUGCACUCGCAGGGGGUGGUGCACCGAGACCUGAAACCCAGCAACAUCCUGUACGUGGACGAAUCCGGGGACCCCGAGUCCAUCCGCAUCUGCGACUUCGGCUUCGCCAAGCAGCUGCGGGCGGAGAACGGGCUGCUGAUGACGCCCUGCUACACCGCCAACUUCGUGGCCCCGGAGGUCCUGAAGCGGCAAGGCUAUGAUGCGGCGUGCGACGUCUGGAGUCUGGGGAUCCUACUCUACACCAUGCUGGCGGGGUUCACCCCCUUUGCAAACGGACCGGAGGACACCCCCGAGGAGAUCCUGGCUCGCAUCGGCAGCGGGAAGUACGCCCUCUCUGGGGGCAACUGGGACUCCGUGUCUGAGGCGGCCAAGGACGUCGUGUCCAAGAUGCUCCACGUGGACCCUCAGCAGCGCCUGACGGCCGUGCAAGUGCUCAAGCACCCCUGGAUUGUCAACAGGGAGUACCUGUCCCAGAGCCAGCUCAGCAGACAAGACGUGCACCUGGUGAAGGGCGCGAUGGCCGCCACCUACUCUGCACUGAACAGAGCUCCGCUGGCCCCGCGGCUGGAGCCGGUGCUGUCGUCCAGCCUGGCCCAGCGCCGGGGCAUGAAGAGACUCACGUCCACGCGGUUGUAGCAGCCAGCCUGACGCCUGGCCACCGCCCAUUGCACCUGCUGAGCGUCGGGUCCCGCACACAGCGCCUGGGGCGACCGCAAGUCCAGCCUGGAGGCAGCACCGGCCUCCGCCGCCCCUGUGCUUUCUUCCAGCCCUGGAGGGACCCAGGCGGAGACUCCGGGAAGCCUCGCUGUGCCAACCUUGCCACCUGCUCUCCUCCCUUAGUCCUGAGCAAAACCAAAUGAACCCAGUCUCCUGGCGUCACCGCUGGGCCCGGGCUUCCCUCGGAGCCCCCCGGUCUUCUCCUCGAGCAUGUCUGCAUUCCCCAGGGAGCAGCUUGCCAGUGGGAAGCGGGAGUGUGGCGGGGCCCCUACACGGGCGUCCCAGCUUCUGUGGGAGAAGUGAGGCCAGCCCCGGGCGUCUCAGCUCCAGACCCUGGCUGCGGCCGGGUGGUCUCCGUUGCCUCCGGCUCUGACUUGGGCGAGAGGAGAGCCGGGCCAGGGAUCAGGACAGAGCUUGCGUGUACGGGUGCUGGCUGCCCUGCAGAGGCGGGGCCACUGUGCUGAGGGCCCCUCGGUGGCCACGAGGUACCCAGAGGCUCCAGAGAGCUCAGACCCCUCCUCCCACCUGCCCACAGCCACGGCUGGCUGCACUCACCCCUGCUCGCCUUCAGGAAAACCGUGGCUGCCGCGACUCCUGCUCCACGGCCGGCCACAGACAUGUGCCAUGCCGAAGCCGAGCCAGUGUGCCGUGUCCGCCGCGUGGGUGUCUUCCCGUGGACGGGGUCCUGGCAGUGCUGUGCUGUGCCCGUUCCCGGAGGCUGGGGCCUGGCCUGGUUGGGCAGGGGGCGCUCUCCCCAGCCCCCGGGGACCUGCUCGCCCUCCCACCGAGCUGGGGUGGGGCGGCUCCUGUCCCUGGCGGCCGGGAUUGCACUGAGAAGCCGCGUAUUUAUUUCCUGGGUUCUUGUCCCUCCAGCUCCACCACUGCAGUACCUCACUCAAAAAAAAAAAAAAUUCCUUAGCUUGGUCUCACUGUCUCCAGACCUCAACCAUGACUGUGUCUCCGAAGCUUUAGAGAUUCCGCGAGGGGCUGCGCUCCCCUCAGACAACCAAAACCUUAGCGACUGGGAAGCUGACCCCACCGGGCCCGCCCCGGCCAUUCUGGGCCUGGGGUCUCGGGUGGUUUGUUCUCGUAUUAAAGGCCUGGGGGAAAGCGGAUCGUCCUGAGCUCGCGAGCCCCUUUCCCGCCUGCUGCAGGAGUCUUCGGCCCCGGGCCCAUCUGUGUGUGUGUUUCGGCUUCAGGCCGGCUGGCUCUUAGGGAGGGAGGGAGAGAGAAGCAGUGGAGUGAGUGGCCGGGCCCGGCUCCCUCCAUGUGUGCUUGCACCUCUGCUGCCCCCACCCCCGCCCAAACGGCCUUACUUUCCGGACACCAAGCUCACAGAGGAACCCCGCAUCCGGAAUCCUGUCCCCUCCUGGGUCCGGCGGGCUUCGGAGGACGACUCUGGCACAGCCAGGCUGGGCGCAGACUGUCAGAUACCUCUCACCCCUGCCGCCACCCGGAACAGGUCAGCUGGCGUCGGUCGGCAGAGUCACACUUCUGUCACGUUCAGAAGCCCUGUGCGAAGCGGCCUGUGGCGUGUGAGUGGUGGCAGCGCACGGUUUUCAGCCCGCGGGCCCUGCGCACCUGCACACGAGGGCCGUGCACGUGUGGCAUUGUAGACACCCCCUCGCCAGCACCAAGCAGGACCGAGAGACCGCGGGGUCUGUGGGUUCCCUAACAGCGCCGCGUGGUCCCUGCACAGGCCACCCACUGCUGGAGAGAAAGCUGGCCCGGCCCCACCGUGGGAGAGCCCGCCCCCCGAGGAGGGCGUGGGGCAGGCUUGUGCGUGACGGUGGAAUGUGCAUGUGCUCGUGUCUGCGGUGGUGGCCGGGCCUCACAUCAGCCAGAGCUGUGAGCCCAGAGCAGCACACCUGGCCUGCCUCCCCGAGCGUCAUGUUACCCUCGCCUACCCCACAGCGCGAGUGUCGGCCGGGCUGGAAGCGUGGGGACCACAGCGGCUCUGGACCCCGCGUCUCCGCCCCCUGCCCCUGCCCAGCGCUCGCCGCGAGCUCCGCUGUCACGUCGCGGUGAAGACCGUCCUGUGUCCCACUCCCUACGUCAUGUGUCGGGCGGGCGGCACUGUACAGAUAUUUAUUAUCCUUUCCAGACUUUCUGAAUAGAUUUUUUUGAAUAAACUUGGGUUUUAUGAA